CCUUUCCCACCGGGGCAGCCCAUGGCAAUGUGGCGGCCCAGCCUCACCCCGUUGUGCGUGACCCCCAAGCGGGGGGAGGAAAGCUGUUGCCAUGGUGGCCUGUGCGAGGCAAAUUCCUCCAGGGACAAUGGCAUCUCUCAGCCACAUCUUGGUUCUUUGUGUGGGUCUCCUCGCCAUGGUCAACGCAGAAGCGCCACAGGAACACGACCCAUUCACCUAUGACUACCAAUCCCUGCGGAUCGGAGGCCUCAUCAUCGCCGGGAUCCUUUUCAUCCUGGGCAUACUCAUCAUCUUGAGCAGAAGAUGCCGGUGCAAAUUCAACCAGCAGCAGAGGACUGGGGAACCUGAUGAAGAGGAGGGAACUUUCCGCAGCUCAAUCCGCCGUCUGUCCACCCGCAGGCGGUAGAGACACCUGGUGCGAUGGAAGCCAGCCAGAAUUCCCCUGGCACCUGACGCCUCCCACCCACCUUCCGCGCGCCCACCUCCAUCUGGACUGUCCUCUUCCCCAGCCCUGCCCCCACAGACUCCUGUCUGCCGCUCAGAUUUCCAAUAAAACGUGCUUUUCUGUCUUGACAG